GGAUGGAUGAAAACUGGCAGAGGGGAGAUGGAGGUUGGACAUGAGGAGGAAAUUCUUGGGUGUGAGGGUGGUGAGAGCCUGGCCCAGGUUGCCCAGGGAAGCUGUGGCUGCCCCAUCCCUGGCAGUGUUGAAGGGCAGGUUGGAUGGGGCUUGGAGCAGCCUGGGCUGGUGGGAGGUGUCCCUGCCCAUGCAGGGGGUUGGGACUGGAUGAUCCUUAAGGUCCCUUCCAACCCAAACCACUCCAUGAUUCUAUGAUAUGCAGCACAGAACUUUGCUGAAAGGUUAAACUGCCUGUGUAGUGUUACCAUGAGACUGAUGAUACCUUUUUUCUCUCUCUUUCUUUUUUUUUUUCUCCUGUUUCCAAAAAAAAAAAAGUACCUAAAACUAUGGAAAUACUUGAAAGCUUCCUACUAAUAACAGGCUGUUUCAAUGUGGUCCUUAUUGCCUGGUUUACUACAUAAAGACUCUAUUUAUCACUGGCAACCUUACAAACUGUUAUAGUUUUGAGAUGCUAGCUGUGACUUUUAUUUAUUGGUGUCUCCUUCUGUUUGACCAGUGAUAAUUGGCUGGCCAAGCUUUGUUUUCCUGUCUAUAGUCAGUGUCCCAUUUUGGUCUGGUUGUGUGAAGGUGGUGCUGGUGUGUUUUGGCCUGUAAUCUUGCAGGGAAAUGUGCAGGGAGGGUCAUAAAUCUGUAGCAGUGUCUGGUGGCUUUUGUUUGUUUGUUUUUUUGUUUUUUCUUUUUCUCUGUGUGUCUCUUGUUUUACCUAUAGAGCAAUAGCUGAACUUUUGUCCUUGCCCCCAUGAGCAAAAGUGCAAGUUAGAUACUGGGUACAAGCUUCUGCACUGGGUUACCCUUUUUAACUUUUGGUCACUGUAGACUCCUCAUUCAGAGGAGACAGGGUGGAAAAAACAAAGGAAUGUUAAAAAAAAUCAACUGGAAGGAGUCCAAAGCUUCCUUUUAUCUUUGUAAAAUAAUGUAAUGAUUAAAUUACAAGAGAAAUAUUGACCUACACAAUCACCUCCAUUAAGGGUAGUGUUAAUUAAAUCUGUUACUGCCCAACCCCAGGCUUCAGCUAGAACCUCUGCUCUCCCAGGUGUGGAUGAGGAGCAUGAUUCCAUACUGUUAUUCCCAGAUUCUGUGCUGUAAUUCCCACAGAUGUUCACAGAAGACACUGAGAGAAAAGAGCAGGAGUAGACGUGAUAGUCCUGUCUUGGCACUGUGCAAGUCCAGGUUUGAAUUGUUGCCACCUUGAAAACUGGGCUGUAUUUGACAAUAUUCCCACCAAAAAGGAUGUAAUUUCACUUUUAGCUGGAGGUGUUUGCGGCCCCAUCCCUGGAAGUGUCCAAGGCCAGGUUGGAUGGGGCUUGGAGCAACCUGGUCUGGUGGGAGGCUUCCCUGCUCAGAGCAGGGAGGUUGGGACCUGGUGACCUUUAAGGUCCCUUCCAAGCUGAACCGUUCUAUGAUUCUAACUGGUCCAUGGCAACAGGGUCAGGUUUACAGAAGAGCUUCUGGAAUGCACCGUGGCCUUGGGAGCAACCUUGGAGACACUUUGGUAGGACAAGCCCUAUGGGGGAAAAUACCGCCCAGUUCUUGUUUCUAAGUUGUAGUUCUGUGGGUUUUUCCCCCUUCCCCAGAACCCUUGGUCUUGAAGAUGGUGAGUAGCCAGCCUAAGUACGAUCUAAUACGAGAGGUUGGUCGUGGCAGUUAUGGUGUGGUGUACGAAGCAGUCGUCAGGAAGACCUGUGCCCGGGUGGCGGUGAAAAAGAUUCGGUGCCACGCGCCAGAGAACGUGGAACUGGCGCUGCGGGAGUUCUGGGCACUGAGCAGUAUCAAGAGCCAGCACCCCAACGUCAUUCACCUGGAGGAGUGCAUCUUGCAGAAAGAUGGUAUGGUGCAGAAGAUGUCCCAUGGCUCCAAUUCCUCCCUUUAUUUACAGCUUGUAGAGACCUCAUUGAAAGGAGAAAUAGUCUUUGACCCCAGAAGUGCUUAUUACCUCUGGUUUGUGAUGGAUUUCUGUGAUGGAGGAGACAUGAACGAGUACCUGCUGUCCCGGAAACCCAACCGCAAGACCAACACCAGCUUCAUGCUCCAGCUCAGCAGUGCCCUGGCCUUCCUGCACAAAAACCAGAUCAUUCAUCGUGAUCUCAAGCCUGACAAUAUCCUGAUAUCUCAGAGCAGGGUGGAUGCAACUGACUCAGAGCCAACCCUGAAAGUAGCUGAUUUUGGGCUGAGCAAGGUCUGUUCAGCCUCGGGGCAGAACCCUGAGGAACCCGUCAAUGUAAAUAAGUGUUUCCUAUCAACUGCCUGUGGGACUGAUUUCUAUAUGGCCCCAGAAGUCUGGGAAGGACACUACACUGCCAAAGCAGACAUCUUUGCCUUGGGAAUUAUAAUCUGGGCAAUGUUGGAAAGAAUCACCUUCAUAGACACGGAAACAAAGAAGGAACUUCUGGGGAGUUACGUGAAGCAGGGGACGACCAUCGUGCCUGUGGGUGAGGCCCUGCUGGAGAACCCCAAGAUGGAACUUCUCAUCCCUGUGAAGAAGAAAUCCAUGAAUGCUCGGAUGAAGCAGCUGCUGAAGGAGAUGCUGGCAGCCAACCCCCAGGACCGACCUGAUGCUUUUGAGCUGGAGCUGCGUUUAGUCAACAUUGCUUUUAAAGACACCAGCUGGGAGACAUGACCCGGGGAGGGGGGGCCAUGUCCCUGCCCACAGUGCUGCUCCUCCCCCAGCUGAUGGUGCAACUGAAUGGCAGUAAAAGAAACCAGCCUGAACCCCAACCUGCAAGGUGUCGUUUCUACCAGGAAUCUCUGUUUCUUUUUUUUUUUUUGAGUGUCACAAAUGAUAGGGGGUGUGAGCUGGUCCUUGUGUUAACCCUUGAGUUGGUGUGUGUAAUCCUGGGGAGUUCCAUGCAAGUGUAAGAUGUGACCAUGUUUGUUUGUGUUCACUGGGCAGUGGGAUGUCUGAAGAGCUGAGACUUGAUUUCCAGCACCAUGUCACGGAGUAUUUCAUACAUUCCAGUUUCCUAUGUCAGUAUUAGGAAAUCUCAUGGGAAAAAAAAAAAAAGAGGUUUGCAUGCUGGUAGUGCAAAUCUUCAGGCUUUGUAAAGUAAUUCUGUGUAUAUAUUUAUGUUUAUGAGUGACUGGGAGUGAAUGCCACUUUUCUUAAAUUAUUUGCUAUGGGUCUGAAUGAUUGGGGUCUGCUAGAAAAUGAGGUGAAGGAGAUAAAUGAGAAGCAUUCCUUCUUCUCCAGGCCUGAAUAACUUUAUUAUUUAUUUUUGUUAUUGAAUGUCAAAGAUAGGGUCUGAGACUUGACUUUGUAGACAAAAAAAAAAACCAAAACCCAACAUGCAAUGCAAGGGGAACAGCAGCUUUUUAAAGUGCUGACAUGGCCAAGCUUAGCACUUCCAGCUUAAUGAGCUCUUCACUGAGGGAGUCAAGUAACAAAUGUGUGCAAUCAGGUGCCAGCAUGUUGGCUAGUUCAUUAAUGAUUCAAUUUUGCUUUCUUCUAGGAAUCAAAUUCUUUAUUAAUCAGUUCACCUACAGUUGCACAAGAUGCUCUCUCUUACUCUUGUAUCUGUAGUCCAAGAGCACCUCGAGGAUGGGUGACAGCAGAGUCCUGUGGGCUUAGUCCUUGGAAAUGUGGAAGAGGGAAUCCAGCAGUGUAAGGUUGUGUUGAAGAAUCUUUUCAGAUUCUUCAAAAUAAGGUGGCAGCACAGUUUUUCUGUGAAUUGAAUCUGAACUUGUCAUUCUGGUUGUGGCCUCUUCCCUCCUGGCGCUGCCUCUGACCUGGUGCUGAUGAGGAGAUAAAGCAGGGACUGUUUGUCUUGUAGAACACACCUCAAACAGACUCAAAACUCAGGCACUGGUAUGUGGAAGGGAUUUGUGUGGCAGCCUGGGCUGAUUUGUUGUGAUUUCUUUUCCUCCUCUUAAAGAAGGAAUGCUUCUUUGAAAGCACGGAGGGUGGGAUGGAAAGCUUUGGAGUGGUUGAAAGGCUGCUGCUCCCCAGCUCCUGUUCCAGAGCAGCAGAGGGAUCUGCCAAGAGAGGUUUCCCUGAGGCCACCUGAGGCACAGAGGCUGCUUUGUAACAGCACAACUCUUUGCUGCUUUGGAUGCAGCACUGUGACCUUUCUCAUCGAUUUGACCUUUUGGGAAAGAGAGUCUUAAAAAUAGCCUUUUAAAGCUGCAACAAAGGCUGGCUUUCUUAGUAAAAUCCAUUUCAUGGCUUUUUCUCCCCAAACCUUAGCUGAAAACUGCCAUAACUAUUCCCCUGUAGAACUUGCUUCUCAGAUGCUACUGCCUCUUCAGGCUGUGGGAGCAGUUCUGGUCAAUCAGUGUUUAUUCUGAGUGUGAAUAAACAGCACAAACAACAUUUUUUCUUCUUCCAGAAGCAAAAAAUCCUGAUUCUACCCAACUUCUGAGGCUUUCCAGGCUGCAGCUGUGCUUGCUGGGUGCUGUGCAGGGCUGGUGACAGGUCCCCAGGGGGCUCAGUCCUUAAUUUUUCCUGAUCUGCUUCACUUUAUAGUUUAAGGCAAGUUGUCUGCACAGUGAUUCUCAGACAAAUACACUUUGUCUCUGAGCACGACGCUGUAGUAGUGACUUUUGGAUCCAGCAUUCCCAAGGAGAUCAGAGCUCCUCACUCCAGCCUUGGUGGCAGGCUCAGAGGUGACCGUGUGGCCUGUGUGGGUGUCCCAGUGUCACCCCUUCCCUGCAGGGAGCUCAGCCUGCAAAACUUGGAGUAACUUCUGUGAGUAACCAGGACGAGAGAUCAGUCUGUUCUCAUGUUCUAGGAGCAGAGACAGGAUUGUUCUUGUGUUCUCAUCUUUUCACCUAGUUCAGGACAGGUGAAACCUCAGCUUGUUACUGAAAGGAGGAAGGAAAGCAAACCUUGGGGUCAGUCCCAGCUCUCUCUCAUGGUACUGACAUUUCAGCCUGAGUUUUUAAAGCUUUAACAUGUUCAACUUCAGAGCUUUUUACAAACAACUUGCUGACUUCCUCCUCUCUUGCCCUCCCAGGAGUCAGAAUUAACUUAUCUUAAAGUUCUACUCUUUGAAGGUGCUUUGCAAAUCACCUGAUUCUCCUCUGAAGUAUUUCAAGGGAUGAACGUGCUGCCUGCUGUGCAAAACCAAGUGCUGGGGAAUGGCACAGGGAAGUCUGCUGGUUUUUCUGGGCUUGUUUUGUGUGGGUUUUUUUUGACUCCCAAAGUGUUUCUUUGCACUGAUUGCCACUUUAAAGGGUGGGGGUACCCAAAAAUCCCUCUCGUGGUGCUUAGCCUUGCUGUUGGGUGACACUGUUUCCUUGGUAGUCCUUCAGGUCUGUGUCCUCUGAGGUGUUGGUUGUCUGAGGUCAUUGUUUUAAAACCUCUGGUAAAAUUGUUGUAGCAGCUACAGAGUUUUUCACCAGCAUGACACGAAGUCAAGAUCCUUUUCAGCACUCAGAUUUACUAUUUUUGGUUGUUGUUGUUUCGAAUCUUUCUUUUAAAAACUGUAAAAUAUAUUUUACAGAGAAUUUAUAAUGGGGAAAAAUUAUUGUGUAAUUUAUUAAGUUCAUGACUGUUUGGUUUUGCUUUUUUUUUUUUUUUUGAAAUAAAACCUGAAUUUCCAUGA